CUUAACAACAUUCCCACUCCAUCCAUAAUAUUCAACUCUUUUUAAGACAACACGCAAAUCAACCACCCACCAUGCAGUUCAUGUCUACCCUCAGCCUCGUGGCCUGCCUCGUCUCCGCCGCUCACGCCGCCACCAAAUGCACCCAGACCAAAACCACGAGCGGUAACUCUUACCUCGUCGCCGCGGAGGGUGUGACCGACAUCCCCGGCAUCUGCGGCGGCCUAUGGGACAACCUCCACCACUCGCACGCCUGCGAGGUCUACGGCGGCACCCAGUCCUGCAAGAACGAAAACGGCAUACUGGUGUGGAGGUUCGGCGUGACCGACUUUUGCAACAAGGGCCACGUCGAGUCGGCCUGGUGGGAGGCCACCAAGAACAGAUUCGGCGCCAUCCACUGCUAAUGGCAGCGUUCUACGUG